UUCAGAUCCAUUUAAAGUCCUCUAAAGUAAUGAAGAUUUUUAUUUUUAGUGAAAUAUUUUAUAAUAAAAUAACUUGACUGAGUGGAUACAAGUGAGUUUUUACAACAGUGGGCUCAGUUCGGUGGGUAGGGAGGUUCUUCAGAUGUUCUGAUGAAUGUUGGCACCGGGCCUUCUUCCGUCCUCCUCUCGCUUUUUCAAACUUGUCUUUUGUUUCCUCCGGAGCUUUCAUCUUCUGCUGCUGACUUUGUGCUGAAACAACCCAGGAGACCCAGAACAACUCUCAACCCCGGCUCAGGUCCUUAGAWAUUUUUAACAAGAAUAAGAGUUUUGUCGUGUUGUUUUCUAAUUUUUAUUUUUAGGACAACGGGCCCUGUCCCACGUCUCUGUCUGCACCCACAGAUGUCUUGGCCCGCUCUGUACGCUCAGCUGGUUGGGGUGAACCAUCACUCCACCUCUCUGGGUAAAAUCUGGCUCUCUACACUCUUCAUUUUCCGGGUUAUGGUUCUGGUUGUUGCUGCGGAGAGCGUCUGGGGGGARGAGCAGUCGGAUUUCACCUGUAACACCCUGCAGCCUGGUUGUGAGAACGUCUGCUACGAUCAGUACUUUCCUGUGUCCCACGUCCGCCUCUGGUGUCUUCAGCUCGUCUUCGUCUCCACACCAACGCUAAUGGUUUCGAUGUAUGUGGCUUAUCGUAACCAUGGCGACAAGAGACGGCUCCUCCAGAGUUCGGGCAAAGUUGGAUUACCUGGCAGCAAGGCACAAGAGGAAGAGUUGGAGACGCUAAAGAAGAGGAGACUGCCAAUAUCCGGCACCCUCUGGUGGACGUACCUGUGCAGCCUACUGGUCCGGCUUCUGUUUGAAGGUGGAUUCAUGUAUGCCUUGUACGUGGUCUACGAUGGCUUCCAGAUGCCGCGACUGGUGCAGUGUGACCAGUGGCCAUGCCCUAACCUGGUGGACUGCUUCGUCUCGCGCCCCACGGAGAAAACCAUCUUCACUGUUUUCAUGGCCACCGCCUCAUCCAUCUGCAUCGUCCUGAAUGUGGCCGAAGUAGCGUACCUUGUUGCCAAAGCUCUCACUAGGUAGAAGUAUUGAGGUGAUCAAAGAAAGGAUUUGUUUUUCAGUAAACYAAUUCCCUUUUCCCAAGCUCCAAGUCAUCACAAAGACUACUGGGACACUUAGAAAUGACCCAUGAGUGUACAUACACUUCCUCACAAAGGGAAAUGUGAACCAUAAAUACYAACUGUGAAAUACAUGAAUUUAAUACAUUUAUGAGUCUUUGGUCAUAAGGGUAAUGGCUGUAAGGGUUUUUUUCACUACGUACCAAAGGACUAGAAGAUCUUAUAAAGACCCGAGAGAAAAAAAGAGGGUCAGUUUUUGUAAUAACAGAAGUUCCAAAAACUUGUAAGAUGGUACACAAGGACCAGUUCAGAGAAACAUCAUACCCUGAACUGCCAGAACAUCCGAUAAUUGUUCCUCGUCACAAGAAUAAAAGCGUGCUUAAUUAAAAUGGGCAGAAUUCUAAAAUUUGUUUAAAAAGUAAUUCUAACAGCUACUUUAAAGCCUGGAUUCAUCAAAGAUUUAAAUAUGACCACAUCAACUCUUUCUAUCUUCUAAUAAAGAAUUUGUUGGUGGUCCCAAGAGUUCAGAACAUGUUUUUAUUAUCCAGUUAACUCUGGCCUGUGUGUCUGUGGUAGAGGUGUUGAAUUUCAACAGGCACAGAUCAUUUUGCUCACAUGUGGAUCAUUUUUAUCUAAGGUUUAAGCUUCAAAACAAAGGGGGUGAAUACAUAUGCACACAUCAGUUACGUAGCUUAGUAUUUAAAGUUUAACGUCAAUAAUCUGGAUUAUUUUGUGUAGAUUUCUUGUAAUCAAAAUAAAAACCCUGAUGUGAACUCUGUACAUGAAAUAAAGAAACUAGAUUAAAUAA